UCGUCGUUGUGAGUGUCAGUGUUAUUGGAAUUAUUAUUAUUGAGUAGUGCUCAGUGUCAAAGGAUUUAUUAAAGUGCAGUAAUAAAAGGAUUUAUCUAUCCAUUACCUAUUACCAUGAAAGCAGUGACGGCAAUGUGUCCGAGCGGAGCCUCAGUCUCGCCCGUGGCCAACGGCAGAGUGUCGAGACCGCGCGACGGCGAAAACGCCGAAAUCCAAAUGUACAUCUCGAAGCUCAAAACGCUGGUGCCGUUCAUGCCGAAGAACAGAAAGAUCAGCAAACUGGAAGUUAUACAGAACGUCAUUUAUUACAUUUGUGACUUGCAAAAGGCUCUGGAAUCGAAUCCAGCAGUCAAUAACUUCGACCCUACGCCCAUCACCGGGGUACAGGGUUCACAGCCGGCCAGCCCCAGGCAACCCUUGGGGGUCAGGACUAGUCCCAACACGAUAUUACAGCCUUCCAGUCCAGGGGAAUCCAAUGUCCUCACGAAUUCAGACAAAAGCCCGCAACCCAAUGGUGAGCGACAAUUGUCCUGCUAGUUUCUAAGAACUUCAUCAAAAAUUGUUCGUGUGAGAAAGAAUAAAAUACAUUAUCGAUUAUAUCAAUCAUCGAUAAAGCUGUGUGAACUGAAAAUAGUUAUUCGUUAUGGCAGAAUUCGAGUGACCUUUAUUAUAAAUAUAUUAUAUUUGUUAUUUUUAUUUUAGAAUU